GUGACCAGGUCCUUUGAAUGCGUGUGGCGCGCGUUAUGAGACAGUGCGUGGAGGUAAACUGCUCAUGUAUUGAAUGGAAUGUAUCACUAAUUUGUAUGAGUCUUUGAAGUCCGUUAGAUUUUUCGUCAUCGCAACAUGUUUUCUGCGGAUCAAAGAUGUUGGUUUGUUCGUAAGGUAAUCUUUUGGAGAGCAGUGGCCAGUAUAGCCUGGUCUGUCCUGCUGUUGCCUCCCACCACAGCUCUCUAUGUAGUCCUCAGUAGAUUCAGUCUGUUUCACCCUCUACAGUGGUUAACAGAAUGCCUGACAGUGCUGACCAGUGCCAGUGCCAUCUUCUCCUUUAUCCUGCUGUGUGGAGUGGUGCUACUGGUGGGCUUUUUCAACCUGGAAUACUACUCAGUUGUCCCAUCCAUCGCCUGCUCGAAGAUCGCCCUGUUGGGUCAUGUGCUGCACCCCCGUCAGUUCUUCCACUCGCUUGUGCACUGCAUUAUGGGAGUUGUUGUUGCGUGGUGUUGUGCUGUCACCAUCGGAGGGCGCUACCAGGCCUUGGGGUACCCCUGUAUGAAGGACGAGAGUGGUCCCCAGAUGUGCCUGAAUGAAAACCACCUGGUGCUGCUGCUGGCAGGGGCCUUCGUGGGCUACAGUCAUAGCCUGCUUGGGUUGGUCCACAACAUGAACUACAUCUCCUUCCACACCGUGCAGCAAUACAAGUACCUCUGCUUCAAGGGGACUCUGCCCCUGGUGAUGAGAGCCAGUGCUGUCCAAGCUCUCUACUCCCUCAGGAACUUCCUCGCCCUCUACUUCUUCAUGGGCUAUGUUCCACGGGCCUGGGUCUGCAGAACACUGGACCUCCAAGUCGACAGUUCGGUUUACUCGCUGGACUGUGUCUCUGGCCUGCUGGACCUGUCUCUGCUCUACCAGUUGUGGAUCAGUGCUAGCUUCCUCCUGUUCACCUGGUACAUCACUGUUCUGCUCUUCAGGAUCUUUGUCACAGAGGCUUACAGUUUCCCUGUCCAACCCACCUUCCAAGAGGACGCCCACCAGUGUCUUCCAGAGGUCAUCACCGGCAAGCAACCAACAAUACUGAAAUUCCUAGCCCUCCAGGACCUGGCCCGGCUGUCCAAUCACUGCCCCUCCAGACGUCAGGAGGUGUUCAGCCUCAGCCAACCAGGCGGUCACCCUCUCACAUGGACGGCUGUGAACAGGGAGUGUCUGUCUCUGUUGUCUGAUCUGACUGAGAGGCUGGUGAGUCACCAUGACAACGUUGCUAGCAACGGACGGACCAAGUUGCAGUCCAUCGGCAGUGACAAGAAGACCUCCUCAGAGAGCUCCGGGUCUUCUGUUGGUUUGGAGGACAUACGGACCCCCUGGCCUAGCACUGUGCUCCGAACUCCCGGCUCUGUGUUCCUGCGUUCCUCUGUGGGGGCGGGGCCGGGGGGGCUGGGGACCCCCUUGACAGCCCCCUUCACCCCAGACCUAGACAGCCCCUUCACCUCCCCGGCCCUACGACUCCUCACUGCUCCUCCAGGGCCCCUGUCCCCUGGCUACAGCUCCAUCCAGAGCCCACACAUUAUGAGGAGGGGCCCCAAGCUGUGGUCAGCUUCUCCAGACUCCCAGUUGAACGGUAGUCCCCCAGCGUCUCCUGCCUCUAGCCCCGCCCAGUUGGAACGCAAACCCAGCUUCCUGGUUACCUUCCUACAGAACAGGAAGUAUCAGGUUAAACAGUUCUUGGCAAAGAGGGUCGUGAUAAUGUACUUGUUUUACAAGCUCCCUGAAGCCUCCAGUCAGGCCCUGUUUGCUGACAGCCAAGCUCACAUCUGGGCAUUAGAAGGUCUGUCUCACCUGGUGGCAGCAUCCUACUCAGAAGACCAGUAUGGAGUAGUUCAGACCACCCUACCCAGUAUCCUCUCUGCCAUGCUCAUGUUACAAGAGGCGGUGGACCGUCACUUCAAACUGCCCCACGCCUCUUCUAAGCCGGGCCGCUCCUCCUUCAGCAUGGGAGACAGCAGCUAUAAGACGCUCCGCUUUGCCCUGCGAGCCACACUGAAGACCUCCAUCUACAGGAUCACCGCUACCUUUGGAGAACAUCUGAAUGCCGUUCAGAUGUCAUCUGAGCAUCGGAAGAGACUGCAGAACUUCCUGGAGUACAAAGAGUAACGUCAUAACGGGAUCAUAUUCGGCUGUGUGUGGCUGUAUGUGGGCGUGCGUGUGGGCGUGCGUGUGGGCGUGCGUGUGGGCGUGCGUGUGGGCGUGUGUGCGUGCGUGAGUGUGCGUGUGUGUAUGCAUGUGUCUGUUUCCGGUAAGACCUCUGAAGUGCCUCUUAAUAUGGGCUGGACUUGGUUACUGAUUCAAAACCCCAUGAUUUCUAAACAAAUUGUGUAUUUGACACAGCUUUAAUUUUCACUAUUUGGAAAAGGACUACAUCUGAUUCAGAGAACCCGCAGAGAUUAGGUUUCUUUCAUAUUGUCUGUUUUUGUUUAUUAUGUGUGGUCUGUCCUAUUAAAGAGUUUUGUAAUUGGCUUAUUAAUUAAAACAAUACAUGUCUUUUUUUCUCAGCUGAUUCAUAAAGCACAAUUA